UGUAUAGUCUUAUUUCUUGAUAAUACUAGUUAUCCUACAAUUUUUUUUUACCGACUAACUCUGUUUUGUAAAUACACCAAUAACUUGAUUUGCGGGAAAAGAAGAAGAAGAAGGAGAAGAAGAAAAACAACGCCCCUGUUUCUUCUCCUCCUUUUUAGCUCCACCUUUCUCUUCCUUCUCUCUCUUCAACCUCAGAGACGGAGUCACACUCCCAUCUCAAUCAAUCAUUCAUUCAUUCAUUCAUUCAAUCUCACUUCCUCCGCUUCACUUAUCCCUUCCACCUCUCUCCGCUUUCGCCUCCAAUCCCACAGCACCGCCGUCGCCGCCGGCCCGCCGCGAUGUCGCUGGCCAGAUUGAUGAAGGAGCGGACCUUCGGAUUGGCCUUGUUCCUCUUCCUCUUCGUCUUCCUCGUCUCCAUCACCUUCUUCUUCCUCUCCAGCGGCAAGACCGUCGACCUCCCUUACUACUUCUCCCUCUCCGAUCGCUCCGACGUCUCCGCCGAUCCCGGCGGCGGCUCCACCGAUUCCGAUGCCAACGACGCCCCCGUCCCUCCCGGCAAGGACUCCCCGGCUCUCAAGGCCAGGAAGUCCAACUUCCCCACCCCGCCGGCCCUCGACAUUGCGUGGCGGCCCUGCGAGGGAGUCAUGGCGGUUGAUUUCAUCCCCUGUUUGGAUAAUACUGAGGCCAUCAAGCAGCUCCAGUCCAGAAGGCACAUGGAGCACAGGGAGAGACACUGCCCUAAACCGGCGCCCCUCAGGUGCUUGGUCCCUCUCCCCAAUGGAUACAAGCGCCCUCUGCCUUGGCCUAAAAGCAGAGACAUGAUAUGGUACGACAAUGUCCCACAUCCUAAGCUGGUGGAGUACAAAAAGGAGCAGAACUGGGUGCGCAAGGAAGGGGAUCACUUCGUAUUCCCUGGAGGUGGGACACAGUUCAAAGAUGGCGUCUCCAACUACGCAAGCUUCAUUCAGAAGGUAGAGUUAGUUAUAUUGUAACAAAAAUGGAGUGUGGUCCAAUAUGGAAACUUCCAAUGUGUUGUUGAAGUUGUGGUGGUGAUGUUGUUAUGGGAUAUUGUAUAUCAGACGGUGCCAAUUAUCCACUGGGGAAGACAGAUCAGGGUGGCUCUGGACGUGGGUUGUGGUGUGGCUAGCUUCGGUGGAUACUUGCUGGACAAGCAAGUCCUUACGAUGUCGAUGGCGCCCAAGGAUGAGCACGAAGCACAGAUUCAAUUCGCUCUCGAGAGAGGGAUUCCUGCGAUCCUUUCAGUGAUCGGGACGCAGCAGCUCGUGUUUCCUGAUAAUGCUUUCGACCUGAUUCAUUGCGCUCGUUGCAGGGUUCACUGGGAUGCUGAUGGUGGGAAGCCGCUUCUGGAGCUCAACAGGGUUUUGAGGCCUGGAGGUUUCUUUGUAUGGUCAGCCACGCCUGUGUACCGGGACAAUCAAAGAGCAAUGGUGGCUUUAACUGAAUCUAUGUGCUGGAAAGUUGUGGCCAAGACAAUGGACUCAACAGGAAUAGGAAUGGUAAUCUAUCAGAAACCAGAGAAUCCUUCUUGCUACGAGAAACGCCCACAGAAUAAUCCUCCUCUCUGUGAUCAGAACGAUCAGCACAGCGUUUCAUGGUACACACCUCUGCGAGGCUGCAUUUCAAGGCUGCCACUAGACAAAGAAGGCAAAGUCAUUAAGUGGCCAGUAACAUGGCCUUACAGGCUCAGCCGUCUCCCUGUUUCCAUGCCAUCGGAACUUGGAGUUGUAGAGCAGUACAACGCAGAUAACAGACGUUGGACCGCUCUUGUAUCCGAUACUUAUCUCAUGAAACUCAACAUCAGCUGGCCUAGCGUUCGUAAUAUCAUGGAUAUGAAUGCCGGCUAUGGAGGGUUUGCUGCAGCACUGAUCGAUCUUCCGUAUUGGGUGAUGAAUGUUGUUCCGGUUCACGAGGAAGACACUCUCAACAUCAUCUAUGACAGAGGGUUGAUUGGAGUUUACCACGAUUGGUGCGAGUCAUUCAACACCUAUCCCCGAACUUAUGACCUUCUCCAUUCCAGCUUCCUCUUCAAGAGACUCUCGGAAAGAUGUGACCUGAUAGAUGUCGGGGUAGAGAUUGACCGGAUAGUGAGACCUGGUGGGUAUCUUCUGGUCUUUGACACCAUAGAAAUGAUCAACAAGCUCACUGCAAUAUUGAAGUCGCUACAUUGGUCGGUCAAAAUCCAUCAAGCUCAGUACUUGGUUGCCCAGAAAGAUCUCUGGCGUCCCACCAGUUGAAGCCAAUUACAGCAGCACUAUAGAAUCAAUCAAGUCUAGGCAAGCUCAAGUUCUGGCAAUCGGUGGUAAAGUAAUAGGAGAGAUGAGGAUCUUCGUAGCUAAGACGUCUAUAUCUGCAAUACAUUUCUUUAUUCUUUCGUCUACGAAUACCAGUUCUGCAAGUGUAGAAAUACCACAGUUAGAAAAGAAGAAAGCAUGCACUAUACGUCAUAGCAACAACGAUCAGAGGACGGUUCACCACGAAUGCUCAUGUCCUGUAAAUGUAAACCAACUCUGUUGUAGAAUUCCUGAUUUUGCGAUACUAGAAAUAAUAUAGUUGCUACCAAACCUUCUCUAUGAUAUACUUCCAAUUCGUGCCUCAACAUCAUCGUACUGUGACGAAAUGAAUGCUGCAAUUUGGCCACAUUAUCAUUGAAGCUUCAACAACAGCCUCAAUUUACAUACAGUGAGGUACACACAGAGGAGGUGUCGUUCUUCACAAGCUUGCCAUCAACAGCCGAAACCUUCCAAAUGAAGCAACCACCAAACUCACCACCUCUGCAAUCCAGCUUCUGGUUAGUCACCGAACCACCACUGAGAACAUCAUGAUCCUUCACCUCCAUCCAACCAUCAGACACCUGCUUAUUGUACACAUUCGUCUCGCCUCCGCCAUCAUCGUGCCUCUCCAAGAAAGCGUGGGAAACAUUCGUGAUCGCAAGAUAAGUAUCCGGCUUGGAUCCGGGCAGAGUUGCAGAGAUCAUUUUCAUGGGAUAUCUUCGUUUGAUCUUCACGUGGCAAACCGGGCAGCUUCCCAAUUCAUUUGUUACCUUAACUUCUUUCUUCACCUUGACCCUCUGGUUCACCGUCUUCACAGUGCCGUUCCCUUCGAAGCUCAUAAUAUUGUGGAACUUGAAUUCUUGAGAGACGGCUGUUGUAUAAUUGCCGCCGCUCCAUUUCACCCAUCCAACCAGAAGGGUUCCUCUUUUAGCUUUGAUAUGGAAUUCUCCAUCAAGCAUUUGGAAUUCCUCCUCCCUGGUGAUAGACGAAGCCGGAUUGUCAUAGACCGUUGACUUAGCUAUCACUUUCGAGGACCCGCCGUCGAGCCAUAUGUGCAGAUUCGCGUCAACGAGCCAAAACGAGAUCCCGUCGCUGACCCCGACGCCGAUGGUGUGGGGUUUCCCGUCGAGAACGAGGCCCAGCACCGGGGACAAAUCGAAAUCGUAUGAUGGGAGAUCGAAAGCGCCGAUAGCCACAACCGGAUUCCAGAACAAAGGGUUAAUACCGCCGGUGAAGACCACAGGGAAGGGAAUCUCCGAUCCCACUACCCUCCCGUCGAGAGUGACGAAUACUUCCCUGUAAGCUCCAUUGCCUCGCUCGGUGGUAAGAUUAUUGACUCGAAUGUAGGAAUUCGGCGGGUUCGAGUACCAGAACUCGUCGUUGCCGUGAAAUGAGACGUACAAUUCCAGCACCGCCUUCCGCGUAUUGAGAGGGAAUCGGACUUCCUUGAAGUGAACAUCAGAUUCGCUGUUAAUCACAAACCAGAACCCUUUCUUGUAGCCGUCGGAGGAGGAAAUCGGAACUAUCAAAUCAGCCGGGGAUUCGUUUGCCAUCUCAGUUUCCAACCUACCCUCGUCUUUUAGAAACCUAAUUUCACCGGUUCUGAAAUGAGCCCUAACGGCCUCCGCCCUGUAGAAGAAGAAAAACACAUCAACACGGUAGACGCCGGUGUACACGUCGUUAACGAUGUUCUCGAGCAUCAUUGUGAGCCUGAGAUUCUUCUUCUGCAGAAGGGAAUCAUACUUCGUGAUAUCCUUCCGGACCUUCCAGAAGAUUCCCUCUCUCGUCGGCUCCGCCGUGCUGGUCCGGAGGAUCUCCGCACCGCCAAGCCACAAGCCGGAGAUCCGGUCAUACUGGUCCCCGCGGGAGGUGGCGCGGAACUCGAGCACCACGUGAGACCACGGUGACGGGCAAUUUACCGGCGGAUUGUAGGCGGUGGUGAACGGUGGCUUGCCCAUUGUGUUGCCGAAGGAGUGCUUGAUGACGUGGAGCGUACAUGGUCGCGAAGGAGGGUUCAGUUUAUCGGAUGAAAGAGGAUUUGCUAGCUCAAUGUACUCUUGCAGUUUGCGAGAUGGUUUGGAAAUGGACGGAGGUGACGACGGCUUCAGGAAUCGGUCCGGCGAGGUCGACGACUCAGUGAGUUGACAGAGCAGAAGCAGAAGAGCGAGGAAGAGAAAUGAUUGCAUUUUGUGAGAAGAUGUGGGAGGCUUGAGAGAGUACCGAUCUUCUCCUGGCAUAUAAAAAGAGUAGUGGGCUUGGGCUACGCUAGGCCCAAUUUUAUUACAUGUCGGGCUUUUUUUUAAGAGCCUGCACCACGUCAUCGUGUAGAAGAGCCCUCGCAAUGCUCAGCGGAGUGGAGCCUCCGUUGCUCACGGCGUUAACGUCGGCUCCACGCUUGACCAAUGCCUCCACCGUCUCAACUCCGCCGGCAACCGCAGCCAAAUGCAGCGGCGUGUGGCCGUCGUUAUCCCGGGACUCAAUGUACGCCUCGAAUUUCAGGAGUAGCGCCACCGUCUUCUCGAGCCCUUUGAUGGCCGCCGCGUGCAACGCUGUGAGACCGUACUGAUCGCGAUAGUUCACGGCCGCGCCUCUCCGCAGUAGCGACUCCAGGAGUUGGAAUUCCCCCCGCCGCGCCGCCGUCAAAACCAUCUCGCCGCGCUCCAGAGCCUUCAAGACCUCCUCCUGUCCGUUGUCGCGGGCUACAUCGACGGCCGAGCGGCCGCAAUAGUCGGCCGCGGUCGGGUCGGCGCCGAAUUCAAUUAGCGUCUCCACCAUUCUUCUGUUCCCAUUCGCCGCCGCUAUAAACAACGGCGUCCUUCCCUCUUUGUCUCUGUGAUCAACGUCGGAAACCCUCUUCACCAAAUCCGACACCUCCUGCAUCCGAUCCGAAGCCGCAACCACGUGUAACUCGUUCCAUCCCUUGGAUUUCCACUCCGAAUCGGCAUCUGCCUCAACCGGCUCGACUUUCAACCCGGAUUCGAGCAGCAGAUUCACCAUAUUGUCCGGGUUAACCAGCUCCGCUGCAACUCGGAGCAGCGACUCAGCUUCCCCUCGAGACAACUCGGACAGAACAGACCUCUGCCUCUUGAUAAUGUUCCUCGCGGAGUCCACGUCGCCGCACCCGACGGCGUGGCGGAGAAGCGAGGGCCCCACAAAGGCAACCCUGAGCUUGAAAUCGACGGUGGAAGGCAAAGACGAGAACCACUGGCUGAGGAACUCUGAAUCUGCAGCCGAGUCGGAAUGGUACGGCGCCGUCUUAAUGAGGAUUCGGUCGGAGUGAGAGCGAGGGAAAGAGGAAGGGUAGUGAGUUUGGGGCUUGAGGACGACUCGGAAGGUUGUAGAGGAUAAUGGAGGGAUGAGGCCCGUUGGGGGGCUGACCAGGAAUUUGUGUGGGGAAGAGGUCUGUACUUUGAAAGCAAUUGGAGCUGUCGGUAAGAGGGAUUUCAUGGUCACAUUGGCUCGGCAUUUGGAGUUGAGUGUGAAUUCAAUUCGUACCUCCGUGUCUGAUAUCUCCACGAGCUGUUCCGCCAUUGUUGAGCUCUCUAAUCGAAGAGUAGCGAGUGUCGGAAUGGAAGGGAAAAUUUGGUGUUGCCUGCGGAAAUGUGAAGGAAAGGAUAGCAGCACAUGGUGGGUCUUACUGUUCCUGGACCACGGCAAACUCCCGGAGAUAACCACUGGUCAGAUAUUCUUUGAGCUGGAGGUGAUAAUGGGCUCUUGACUGAUGAGAAUGGCAGUUGAAUUAGGGCUUGGAGCCCAUAUUUGACUCGGUUUGGGCUUUUAUUUUGAUCCAUUUCUUGUCGGGAUUUUUCAACCUUUCCUCGUCUGUCCAUUCAGGAGGAAAGAAAAGAACGUCUUCUUGUCUGGAUUCUGGAAACAAAAAUGAAGAAACGAGGGAGAAGGAAGAGUGGGAAGCAAGCUGAUCUUGUGGGCCCCUCUUACAAAUGCACAAAAGUUCUGAUCCUCUCCUCUACGAGCUUUGCUAUCG